AUGUCUACCCACAACACCCCAACACGCACCACCCCAACAUCCCGCCCACCAACCACCAACGCAAGCACACAAACCCAACCACAAACCCUAACACAACCCCCCCUCGACCUCCCCCAAUCCCUCUGGUUCUACACCCCCGACCAAUACAUCCCCGUCCCCGAAUCAACCCGCGAAUGCAUAACCUACGUCCGCACGUGGGCAAAACGAGUCGACAACUACGGCCACUACAGGCACCCCAAGAACCCCGCCACGAUCCCCUUUUUCUGGCAGCCCGGCGGCACGAGAGCCUUGCGACCGGUGGAGUACACGAGGUUUUCUUUUGGUGAGGAGAUGGAGUAUGAGGUGGAUGGGGAUGAUGGGUAUGAGUCGGCGUCUUCGUGUGCUGAGUCGGUGUUUGAUGGGGAUGAUGUGGAUGUGGAUGAGAUGAAGGCUGAGAAGGGUGAGAUGAGGGAUGGAAUGGAUAGCGAUGCGUAUGAGGGGUCUGUUCCGGAUUUGGUGGAUUAUGAACCGCCUUUGCUUGAAUCGUAUCAGGAUUGGAAUCCGAGGUUUGAUGCAGCUGUACAAGCAGAGAUCUUAGCGGACGCAGAGUACCUUUAUAAAGAGUUCGGCUAGUUCUUUCCUCUCCCCUUCCCUUCUUUUCCUCCCCCCUCCUCAUCCCCCCCAUCCUCCCCCAUCCCUCAGAAUCCCUCACGACUAACAAACAACCCCCCAGGCAUCCAAAAUUUCAAAUGGGCCCUCUUCUACCUCGUCCCAUAUUGGUCCUUUGAAAAGACCGUCAAAAUGAUAAAGUUCCUAGACCUACCCAAGAGGUUGCCGCAAAACUUCCUCAAAGGGAUCUACAAGACUUCCUUCGAUUUCGAGGAGCAUUUUGA